AUGGGGGAAGCUGAGAUUCGAACCUGUGAACUCGGGCAGCUUCAGACAAACCAACCAGAGACCCGGAGUGAGGGUACCCCCAACGCCGCUAGAGCGAAGACAUGGCGCGCAGCCGCAAGAGGGGAGGCGCGGCGCCAGGGGAGUGGCGCGCAGGCGCAGGAGCCGGAAGAGGGCGCGGCGCAGGGCACGCUGGUUCCUGAGGAAAGCCAGGAGGCGCUCCCGUAG